AGGGAGUCAACGUAGAAAUAACAGUUGAAAACAAACACAAAAAACAGCAUCGCUUUUUCUUCUUUCCUCUGCCUCCACUCUGUGCGGCAUUCCGUUCCUCUUUCUUUGUUUUUGUUUGCUUGCUUCUCCACCUUUUCGCUUUCCCCGUCAAGUUCUUGUGAUUUCUUUUCUUUCUCUCCUCCCCCCGCUUUCUGUUACCAGAAGAGAUCAUCGUGACACGCAGUGCUCAGCGAAUUUGGCUGCUCUUUCCCUUUUGGACAUACACCACCAAACGCGCACACACAUACACGCUCAUACCAAUCAAUUGGGAAAAAGCGCUAAAAACGUUCACAAUGGGCAAGGCUGUCCUUCUUGUGGGGGCUCUGCUCUCUUUUGUAUUGUGCAUGACGGCGGUGACAGUCACCGCGCAGCGCUCGCUGGAAUGCCAGAUGGUCUGGACCGGGCCGUCCGCCAGCAACGACCUCGUUGAUUGUCUCGGAAACAACAAACGUAUCGGUGCAGAGUGGCGCUACUACCUCUACCCUGGCUUCGCCGCCCUCAUCUUCAUCUUCACGCUCUUUGGUCUGCCCAUCGUCUUCUGCUGUCGCUGCUGCAGCUGCUGCCAGCGUUGCGUGCGACCAAAAGGGAUCACCGACCGUGGCGUGGCGCAAUGCUGGCUGUGGAUGUGGAUUGUCAUCGCCGUCCUCGUCGCCUGUGCUGUGUGCGUUUUGCUUGUGUACGGCGUCAUACUGCUCACGCAGUCGGCGGACAAGAUUCUGCACGACGCGCGGCACGUCACGGUGGCCUACUUCGUCGACACGCGUUCGAACAUCACAACUUUGCUGACAGACUACUCGAAGAAUCCGCCGGUGUUGCCUGACGUGGACCUGAGCGCCUUUGACGUGGUGACCGACAAAAUCGGCAGCAACAUCGAUACAAUUCGCUCCGACUACUUCAAGUACUUUCGCCUUGCUGAGAUCGUCGUGUGCUGCGUCGGCGGUGUCGGUGUGGCGCUGAUGCUGUGCAUGCUCAUCUUCGCCUGCUGCCGCUGCACCGGCUGCUGCCCGGUGGCGUGGAGUGCCCUCUACUUCAUCUUCGCCAUCAUCUUCGCUCUCUUAAGCGUCGUGUUCACUGUGAGCAUCUACGCCAUGUACGCCGGCUGCGGCGAGGUGACGCUGCAGUACAAACGUGAGCCUGGCGUCUUCCAGUGGUACCUGGUGCCGUGGUGCGACGACGAGUUCGACUUCAGGGGGCUGCGCACGCAGGUGUCGGAUCUCGAGACAACAGCCGCCAAAUCCGCCUGCGAGGAGCUACUGAAGUACUGCGACACCACCGACGUGUACCCCGGCACCGACAAGAAUCACGUCUUCAUGUGCGGCAAGGGCCUCACCAACGCCGAGACGUGCAAGACGCUGGACGACGUGGUGGAGGUGAUUCAAGCCACGUACGCCAAGACCAUUCUCACCAACACGCUGUGCAAGAACCAGACGGGCAUGAAGUACCUCGAGAAGUGCACCGUCGCCGAGUGCGCGGAGCGCUGCGUCGACUACACGCAUCCCGACAUCGCCGCAAAGAAGUACGCGAACGACAUCAUCGUUGCUGCCGGCUACGCUGCCAACGUCAGCACGGCACUCUCCUACGUGCAUCCGCUGCUCGAGUGCAACUUCAUCAUCGACAAGGUCGCCAACACUAUCGAGAUGCCUAAGUUCGGCAGCAGCUUCACGACGGACAAGGACGACGUGCAUUACUGUUCCGCGGUGCGCUCUGCGUCUGUCAUGCUCGGCACCGGCUUCUUCGUCGGCGCGCUCAUGUUCAUCCUGGGCAUCUACAUCAUGCACCGUGGCAGCUGGGUGUGGGGAGAGAUGCACGAGGCUGAGGAGGAGGGUGCGGGAGAGAACGCCGUGUCGGAUGAUGUGAGGAAGCAUCACUCGUCGUCGAGCUAA